ACAGCAUCAAAGUAAUUGGUGUGCACACUUUGUAUUCUAUCGCUUUGUGCGUUAGUCGUGCGCUCUACUCUUCCAGAGCAGCAACAUUGAAAUAGCAAAUCGUGUUACGUCUAAACGACCAGCGGUUGACCUUCAGUCAUUUGCUGUGUGUUGUGCUUCAACGCGAGUUUUGUUGAAAAGUUAUCGCUUCGUUCGGUGUGUGCGUGUAUGUUCUUUUUUAAUCGAUUGUAAAUUUUUAAGUACUUCGAAAAAUGCUCUACCGACAAAUAUAUCCGGGUCAUUGGCUGCUGAUGAUCAUCAUCUCAGCCACGCUAUCGAAUUUUUUCAUCGCUGCUGAUAAACCCAUAUUUGCGCCAACGAUUCAGUUGAACGACGGACAUUUGAUUCCAGCACUUGGGCUCGGCACAAAUCAGGUGAAAACUGCAGAGGGUGAACAAGCUGUUAAAGAUGCUAUUGAUAUUGGAUACCGUCACAUUGAUACUGCAUAUUUGUAUGGCAACGAAAAAGAGGUGGGCAACGCCAUUCGAGCCAAAAUUGCCGAGGGUGUUAUCAAGCGCGAGGAUAUUUACGUUACGACCAAGCUUUGGAACACAUUCCAUGAACCGGCCAUCGUUGCAAAAGCAUUCCAAAAAUCGCUUUACAAUUUGAACAUCAGCUAUGUCGAUUUGUACUUGAUACAUUUUCCAGUUGGCUAUCAACGUAUCAGCAAAACAACCAAUUUGACGGCUAAAGAGAUUGAUGAUGUUCAAAUUGAUGAUAUCAAUCCAUUCCCGCAUGAUGCAGAUGGAAAAUCACUCGCUACAAACGUAGAUUACUUGGACACGUACAGAGCCAUGGAAGAUUUGGUGAAAACUGGAUUAGUGCGUAGUUUGGGUGUAUCGAAUUUCAAUAGUCAACAAUUGGAUCGUUUGAUAUCAGCGGCGAACAUUAAACCGGUUGUCAACCAAGUGGAGUGUCAUCCAAAUCUCAAUCAAAACAAGCUCAUUGCAUUUGCCAAAGCAAGAAAUGUAACAAUCGUAGGGUAUUCACCCUUGGGCCGUCCAAGUGCCGGCAGUGAUCCAAAUAUUGCAAUUAAAAAUCCAAAAGUUCAAGAAUUGGCCGAUAAAUACAAGAAAAAUCCCGGUCAAAUUAUACUGCGUUUUGCUUAUCAAAAUGGUGUGGUUGCUAUCCCAAAAUCCACAAACAAGGAACGACUCCGUGGAAACAUCGACAUUUUUGAUUUCAGCCUCAGCAACGAAGAUAUGGAGAUCUUGAACGCUCUCAAUGAUAAUUCACGGUUAUUUAAAGUAAGCAAUGCUAAAGAUCACAAAUACUAUCCAUUCAACGCCGAGUUUUAGAUUGGAUAUGCUAUACUCUACACACGAUGAAUUUUGAACUCAAUGACAUUUUUCACAUUUCAUUUAUGCUUUUACUUUGAUUUUCGAUAACAUUUUGAUAUGGAAAAUUUACCUUUGUAUGUGCAAAAGAAAUCUUUUCGAAUAAAAUUUAUUUCCCAAUUUUUA